UCGGCGGUUUUGUCAAUAACAACAUCACUAAAGUGUAGGGUGUCUCUGUGAUGAGUGCGUGCAAUCGAUAGUGAAUAGUUAUUGUAAAAUGGACUUUACAACGCAUUUUGCCAUUGAAGUCGCAGCUUAAAAAAAAUUGAUUUUUUCCAAAAUGCUUCUACUGCUGCUCCUCCUGGUUGCAGUAGCAUGUCGAGAAGCUACCGCUAAUCCCAUAAUAACGGAGCGUGAAGACAAAGUGAUCCAGUCAUGCUCCAGUCCAAUUUAUUGCCAGGGCGAAUUACUGGACGUGAUCCAAAGGGCGAAAAUCUUCAAUGACUCCAAAACGUUUGUUGAUAUGAGUCAACUGAAUCCCGUUGAAGUAACAUUAGAAAACUUCUGGUUGCUCAUGAAUGCCAGUGACAGUAAUCCGACGAAAGAAGAGCUAACCGACUUUGUAAAUAGCAAUUUUAUYAGCGAGAAUGAAACGGUCAGUUGGACACCAGCAGACUUCACCAACAGUCCCGCCAUCCUCCAGAAGAUCAACGACAAAGAAGUCCUGCAGUUUGCCAAGAACUUGAUUGAUAUUUGGCCGAGUUUAGGGCGGAAAAUCAGCAGCGACGUUUACCUGAAUCCCGAUCAGCACUCGAUCUUGGAAGUGCCCAACGGGUUUAUUGUGCCCGGAGGAAGAUUUCGGGAGCUCUACUACUGGGACUCCUAUUGGAUCAUCAAAGGGCUGCUCUUAAGCGACAUGUACGCUACUGUGAGGGGAAUGCUUGAAAACAUCUGCUACCUGAUCAACCAAUUCGGCUUCAUGCCCAACGGCUCCAGACUCUACUACCUCAAUAGGUCUCAACCGCCUCUAUUCACUCUGAUGAUUGAGGAAUAUUUGAAAUACACCCAAGACACUGAUUGGUUGAAGAACAACAUCGAGUGCAUUGAGGCAGAGCUGACCUUCUGGCUGAACAACCGGACGGAUGUGGUGGAGAAGGACGGAGUGAAUUAUGAGCUGGCCCAUUUUGAGCCGCUCAGUAACACUCCCAGACCAGAGUCGUAUGAGAAGGAUUUGAAGACUUGCAGUGUGUAUACGGAGGAGAAGGACCAGAAGGAUUGUUAUAAGUCGAUUAAAAGUGGGGCGGAGACUGGUUGGGACUUUUCCAGCAGAUGGUUCUUCGACGACAGUGGCGGUACUGAUACUAACUUAACGCACAUUCGCGCUCAGCGCGUUGUUCCUGUGGAUCUCAACGCUUUCCUUUGCAGAGCUUUCAGCCAUCUGGCUGAGUUCUACGCGCUUCUGAACAACCCGGACAAGCAAAUCAAGUGGCAGGAGCGCUCGGAUAUUUGGCAAAAAUCCAUACAAAUGGUAUUCUACGACGAGAAUGAGGGCAUCUGGCUCGACUAUGACCCCGUGUUGAAAAGGUCCCGAAACUACUUCUACCCCAGCAAUUUUGCCCCCCUGUGGGCUGAAACGUACGAGCUGAGCAAACGGGAGGAGUACGGACGACGGGCUGCCGCUUAUUUCGUCAAGCAGGAAAUCGAUCAGUUCUUGGGAGGAGUUCCGACCUCACUGGACUUGAGUGGGGAGCAGUGGGACUUUAGGAACGCCUGGCCGCCGCUCCAGGAAUUUGUCGUGUUGGGACUGCUGCAAACGGGAAACAGCAAUGCUACUGAAAUAGCCACUCUAUUUGGACAGAGAUGGAUAUCUUCCAACAUUGAAGGAUACAGGGAGAACCAAAUUAUGUUCGAAAAGUACGACGCUCUCGAUCCUGGAAAGUUCGGCGGAGGAGGCGAGUACGUAGUGCAAGCUGGAUUUGGAUGGACGAAUGGUGUAGCCCUGUCAUUUAUUGAUCAGUUUUACACAAAUAAAUAACUGUCUAUUUAAAUUAAAAAA